GUACAAUAGCACAUCAUGGCCAGCACCAUCGAUCCAGUCCGCGAAUAUGGCCUCACGGCCGUUUUAUCAUCCGCCGAGCAGCUUUUCGAACAAGCUGGACUGAAGAAUAAGGCAACACCAUCCGCCAUUCCAGUUUCCGCUACACCCGUUCCUGAUACGCCUCUCGCACGCCGCAUCCAAGCAUAUGCUCGCGAUCACCUUCCUGCGCCUACCUUCAACCAUAGCAUGCGCGUCUACCAUUACGGACUGGCGAUCAAGAAGUACCUAUUCCCUAACUGGUCAUUCUCCGACGAAACUUGGUUUUUGACUUGCAUGCUGCAUGAUAUCGGAUCUACCCCGGACAAUCUCAGAGCUACUCGUCUCAGUUUCGAGUUUUAUGGCGGCUUCCUAGCUCUUGAUGUUCUUCAGCGAGAUCCUGAUCAUCCUGCCGGCACUGCGGGCGUGUCUCCCCAGGCUCAGGCGGAGAGCGUCGCUGAAGCCAUCAUUCGUCAUCAGGAUGAAUGCAAGGUUGGAAAUAUUAGUGAAAUAGGCCAGCUGAUUCAACUGGCGACUUUGUUCGAUAACACCGGAAGAUUCUCAGAGCUGGUCCAUCCAGAUACCUCACGCGAUGUGAUUAAGAAUCACCCUCGCCUCAAUUGGAGUGGAUGUUUCGCGUCCACUGUCCGUGAGGAAAAUACCCUCAAGCCAUGGGCGCAUACCACUACGCUUGGCGAUUUCGCUUCCAAAAUUGAGGGGAAUCCAUUGGCUGCUGAGUGGGAACGGGAGUAGAUAUUUAGCCAGGGUCAUUAUAUCCUACAUCAGACUGAUUCAUCUAUUUCUAAUCUGGAUACAACCAAUGGAGACGUUAAAUAAUAUUCCGACUCUGCCAUUCUACAUGAAGUAGAAUCUUUAGCAUUUAAUAAUCUAGAUAAAUAUAUAUAAGAGAAUUGACUUACCACUUUGUGCCGAG